AUGCCUUCUGUCCAGACCGUCCUCUACACCACCUACACCAUUGUUUCCAUCCCCGCACGCCUCGUGGCCAUUCUCCUGUAUUACAUUCCCCAAUCCACUCGCCCCCACCCCAAAUGGACCUACCACCAAGCCGUAGGCACUAAGGUCUUCUCGCUCUGGUGGCGCUACGCGACCGCCGUGAACUUUCACACCCGCAAGACCCUCCUCCCAGGGAGCGAGGGCGACCGCUUCAUCGUGAUCCCACCCCCGUCGGAUGCCUCUACCUCGACUAAUCCUACGAUCUACCGCGACAUCCUCCUCUCCAAUGACCAAAUCCAGCCCCUCCCCGUCGGCGCUGUCUGGUACACCGCGCCAUCGGUCCCACAGCCAUCGCUCUCCACCCCGCCCGCCCGCCUCGCGAUCCACUUCCACGGCGGCGCCUACGUCCUCGGUGGCGCCCGCCAAAUGGAAAGCGGCUGGGGUCCCGAGGUGCUCAGCACCGCGCUCUCCUGCCCCGUCCUGCAGCCCCAAUACCGUCUCUCCGUCGCCGAGAACGCCUCGUUCCCCGCCGCCCUGCAGGACGCUAUCACGGUCUACGCCUACGCGCUGAACGUGCUCCGCGUGCCCGCCGACCAGAUCAUCCUGUCUGGCGAGUCGGCGGGCGGGAACCUUGUGCUUGCGGUGUUGCGUUAUCUGAAUAAUGCUGCUGCUUCGUCUGGGGCUCCGCCGCUACCGCUCCCUCGUGCUGCCCUACUCUGGAGUCCCUGGGUCGAUUUGUCUCGCGCGGCAGAGGACAAGGCGUCGUCGCAUCCGCGUCGCGGUAUGGACUAUCUCUUCGGCGAGUUGGUCGCGUGGGGUCGUGAGCGGUUUAUCCCCGAGGGAUGGGAAGACGAACACAAGCAACCCCAAUCCCAAUCUCAGAACCAGGCCAACCCGACCCUUCCCAGCGACAAGUUCGCGUAUAUAUCUCCCCUCAGAAACGAGUUCUACUCGCCGACGCCGGUGUUCGUGCAAACCGGCACGGCGGAGAUCCUGUACGAAGAUCAUGUGCAGUUCGAUAGGGGCAUGGAGGAGCAGGGCACGAAGGUCGAGAUGUUGGAGAUUGUGAAUGCGCCGCAUGAUACGUUUGGCGCGGGGUUGUUAGUGGGAUUUGCGAAGGAGGCGGAGGAUGCGGCGCGGAGGGCGGCGAGGUUUGUGGAUGAGGCGGUUUGA